AUGUCAGAGUCUCAUAGCCAUGGUACCCCAUCGCACGCACAGUCUACACUAGCUAUUUCGCCACUUGUUCAAAGAGCUAGGGCUAGUCGUCCUGAUGCGGGUCAGAAUACUGGCACUGGUGUUCAAGGGAGAAGUGGGAAUGUAGAACGAGGUAGCGUUUCGCAUUUUACUCAGACUCCGCAUCAAGAGCGAAGUCCGUUGGUACAGAAGAUCCAAGACGUGUCACAUUUGGCCACUCCAGCUAUAAUGAGGCAUAAUGGAACUGCAGGGUCGAGUUUGCUUGCAUCAAUGACGAAGAAUGGACUGUUUGGGUCCACUCUGCCGAACACAAUGCGUAAAAGCAGCACUUCGAUGGACGCGGCGGAAAUGCGCGGUUCUGCCAACGGUGAUUGCGAUUCUGAGGAUGUGAAUAGUGAGCAGAAUAAUAUGAUUGACGUUAGUGAUCUUUCAUCCGUCGAGAAACUACGGUUAUGGAGACACGAUGCAUUAAUGCAGCAUCAUUACAAGACAGCAGAACAUAUCGGAGAUGUAAUUUACACUAUGACUAAGGAUCCCAACGAUGCAUUUUGGUUAGCACAGGUAUACUACAAUCAGGGUUCCUAUGUCAGAGCUGUGGAACUCAUAUUUACUGAUCAAUUGGAUGCAGAGAGUAUCAUGUGCCGCUACCUCGCUGCUCUAUGUCUUUUCAAAUUGAACAAGUACGAAGAAGCGUUGGAUAUUAUCGGAGACUCAAAUCCUUUCCAGAACGAACCUUGUACAUCGAAUAGUUCGGAUGGAGGUGUCAAAUUGGAAUCAUCAAUAUGCUUGCUUAGAGGCAAGAUAUAUGUAGCAUUGAGCAAUAUGGAACGUGCCAAAGAGUGUUUCAAGGAAGCAGUUCAGGUAGACGUCAAGAACUACGAGGCAUUUGACUACCUUCUAUCAAAACAUCUAUUGACGACAGCAGAGCAAUGGGAUUUAUUUGGAAGUUUACAAUUCCAAGACCUAGAUGAUAACGAAGAAAUGAUUAGAUGUCUUUACAUUUCAAGACUUUCUAAAUAUCAAAAUCAUAAAGAAUUAGAAAAUGCCAGCAAUACCCUUCAAAAUAAAUACCUUUUGAAGGAAAAUAGAAUUGUGAAGCUAGCCGAGAUUGAGUUGUUGAAUAACCAAUCUAAAUUUACACAGUGCAUGAAAUUAUGCGAGCAGGUUCUCGAAGUUGAUGAGUAUAAUCCCGAAGUGUUACCGAUAUACGUUCAAUGUCUCCAUUCUUUUUCUGCGAAGAAUAAGUUAUUUCUACUCUCACAUAAACUUGCAGAGAAUUUCCCUAAAUCUCCUGUAACGUGGUUUGCUGUAGCUACUUACUAUCUUACUAUGGGGAAAGUAGCAGAGGCUCGCAAAUACUUUUCACGCUCAUCUAUCAUGGAUCCAAGCUUUGGAUAUUCUUGGCUUGGGUUUGCCCAUACUUAUGUAGCAGAAGGCGAACACGAACAGGCAUUAUCUGCAUAUUCAACUGCUGCUAGAUUUUUCCCUGGUACGCAUCUUCCGCAUUUGUACCUCGGAAUGCAGUAUAACAAGAUGGAUGAUCUUUCUCUUGCCGAAGAGUAUUUUAUGAUUGCUUAUGACAUGUGUCCCACAGAUCCAUUACUACUUAACGAAUUGGGUGUCAUUUAUUUCAAAAGGCAAAAUUACAUAAAGGCUAAGAAAUAUAUGAAGAGGGCACAUGACGCAAUCAAAAACAUGAAAUCCGAAAGUAAAGCUUGGAUCUCUAUUGUAAUAAAUUUAGGACAUACUUACAGAAAACUUGGAGAGGAUGAAAGGGCUGUUAAAUGCUUCAAAACAGUCUUGGAAAGUAGCAAACCUACAGCUACAUUAUGGUGUUCUUUAGGCUUUUUAUAUUUGAGGAUGAAGAAAAUCGAAAAAGCGAUUGACAGCUUUCACAAAGCGCUUGCAUUGGAUCAAGGAAAUCAAGCUUCUAAUAAACUAUUAAAAACAGCACUAGAGAUAAAUGCUCAUAUGUUAAUAGAUGAGGAUCACCCAAUGGUGAUAUCUUCUAACAUUCGAACAAUGCCUAAAUCUCAAUCCAUAAAUAAUGAAAAGAAAAGAACAGCCUUAGGAAUCGGCAGUUUUGAUCCUAUUAUCGAAGCAAAGAGGCUAAAACAAGGACUCUCUGAUCAUGAAGAUGGUGACUCCAUGGACAUUGAAUAA